CUUUUAUGUUGGGGAGGCGGGGAGAGGCGCGAGCGAGAAAUGUAUUGCAAAGAAAAGUAAACGAGAAAGUCACAGCUUGUUGCUGGGUUCUGUAAUGGUGGUGACUGGUCUCUAGUCUUAACAGACCGACCAUUAUUAUCAAAGACUAGUCCUUUCCUUUGUUCAACUAUACAUCCUCAACCAAGUUACUGUUUUUCUCUUCCAAAGACUUGCAACGACUCUGCUCCCCGAUCAUGAAGAAGGGAACCUUAAACCCUAACAUCAAGCUCAAGCUCUCUCUCCCUCCUCCCGAUGAAGUUUACUUCGCCAAGUUCCUAACCCAAAGUGGUACCUUUAUGGAUGGCGAUCUGCUCGUCAAUCGGGAUGGAGUUCGAGUUGUCUCGCAAAGUGAAUCCGAAGCUCCACCUCCUAUUAAACCAUCGGACAACCAGUUGAAUUUGGCAGACAUAGACACCAUUAAGGUCAUUGGGAAGGGCAGUAGUGGAAUUGUGCAGCUGGUGCAGCAUAAAUGGACAGGGCAGUUUUUUGCAUUAAAGGUUAUACAGAUGACUAUUGAGGAGAAUGCAAGGAAAGCAAUUGCCAAGGAAUUAAUAAUUAAUCAAUCGGCGCAAUGUCCAAAUGUUGUAAUGUGUUACCAGUCUUUCUAUGACAAUGGUGCCAUUUCAAUUAUCUUAGAGUAUAUGGAUGGUGGAUCUUUGUCAGAUCUUCUGAAAAAGGUUAAAACAAUUCCAGAACCUUAUCUUGCUGCCAUCUGUAAGCAGGUGCUCAAGGGUUUGUUGUAUCUUCAUCAUGAAAAACAUAUUAUCCACAGGGACUUAAAACCUUCUAAUCUAUUAAUAAAUCAUAGAGGAGAAGUCAAAAUUACCGACUUUGGUGUGAGUGCUAUAUUGGCAAGCACCUCUGGACAGGCAAAUACUUUUGUUGGUACAUACAAUUAUAUGUCUCCUGAGAGAAUUAGUGGGCGACAGUAUGGCAGCAAAAGUGAUAUUUGGAGCCUUGGUUUAGUACUGCUGGAGUUUGCAACUGGUCAAUUUCCAUAUUCCCCUUUGGAGCAGGAUGUAGGUUGGGCUAGUGUUUAUGAGCUUAUGGAAGCUGUUGUUGAUCAACCACAACCUUGUGCAUCUUCUGACCAAUUUUCUCCAGAGUUUUGCUCAUUUGUAUCUUCAUGUGUGCAGAAAGACCCAAAUGACAGACUGUCAGCAAAUGAACUUAUGACACAUCCCUUCAUGAACAUGUAUGAUGACCUGCAUGUAGAUCUCUCAGCUUACUUCAAAAAUGCAGGCUCUCCACUUGCAACCUUGAACUUAUGAGUAUACGGAAACAAUUUGAGAGAAGUUAGCUGCCUGAAAUUUUGAAGACCUGGUAAGAUUCUAGCUGUCACCGCAACUGAAAAUAAACAGCUUGCUGCCAUUAAAAUGACAAGAAGCAAAAAUACUUCAUAGAACACCUCCCAGUUCCUGGAGAUUUCUUGGGGGAGGAACACACUGCUAAAUUGAGAGUUUAUGAUUGCUGACAAAGGUGCUAUUUGCCUAUUUUUGUAUUAUUGUUUUCGGUAUCAAGAAAUUGUGUCUGUAUUUCUUAAAAAAGGACAGAAAGAAUAAUUCUUUUAGUUGGCUUUGUUAAGGUUGAAAACGCAUUAGCUCCUGUUUAAAAGUCGUUCCAUCAAUGGAAUCUUCUUCUUUUUUUUUC